GUUAUUAAUUUCAAAACACAUCUGAAUUCCUUCUCCGUGGCAUAUACUUCAGGAGAGGAACAGACAGCUCUUGAUUCGGGACAGAUUUCAAGUUCUCAUCUCUUGGUACCGAUACCACUACCAGAUUCUUCUUUGUAGUCAACUUUUGAGAUCUUCUCUGAAUAUUACUUGGUGUCUGAAGAUUCGCACAAGUGCCUCUGCUAGUCAUUCUCUUCUGGGAAUCACUCACUAUCUCCUCUCUCUGCAAAGCCUCUGCUGUACUAAGCUUUGCUUUUGGAAACAUCUCCCUGAGACCUGGUUGAAAGCAACUCUCUGGUGCUAUACUUCUCAGCAUGGAGGUGAAGAACUUUGCAGUUUGGGAUUAUGUUGUGUUUGCAGCCCUCUUUGUCAUUUCCUCUGGCAUUGGAGUGUUCUUUGCCAUUAAGGAGAGAAAAAAGGCAACUUCCCGGGAGUUCCUGGUGGGAGGAAGACAAAUGACAUUUGGUCCUGUAGCAUUGUCUCUGACAGCCAGCUUCAUGUCAGCUGUAACUGUUCUCGGGGCCCCUUCCGAGGUCUAUCGCUUUGGGGCAUCCUUCAUACUCUUCUUCAUUGCGUAUGCAUUUGUCAUCAUCUUCACGUCAGAGCUCUUUCUCCCUGUGUUCUACAGAUCUGGCAUCACCAGCACUUACGAGUACUUGCAACUACGAUUCAACAAACCAGUUCGCUACGCAGCAACAGUCAUCUACAUUGUGCAGACGAUUCUCUACACAGGAGUGGUGGUGUAUGCUCCUGCCCUGGCCCUUAAUCAAGUGACUGGGUUUGAUCUCUGGGGCUCUGUGUUUGCAACAGGAAUUGUUUGCACAUUCUACUGUACCCUGGGUGGAUUAAAAGCAGUGGUGUGGACAGAUGCAUUUCAGAUGGUUGUCAUGAUUGUGGGCUUCUUAACGGUCCUCAUUCAAGGAUCGGCUCAUGCUGGUGGAAUACACAAUGUAUUCGAGCAAGCAACAAAUGGAUCCCGACUAAAUAUAUUUGACUUUGAUAUGGAUCCCCUCAGGCGGCACACUUUUUGGACAAUCUCAGUGGGAGGAACUUUUACAUGGCUUGGAAUCUAUGGAGUUAAUCAAUCAACUAUCCAGCGAUGCAUCUCUUGCAAAACAGAAAAGCAUGCUAAGCUUGCCCUGUACUUCAACUUGUUGGGUCUAUGGAUCAUUCUGGUGUGUGCCGUCUUCUCUGGCUUAAUCAUGUACUCCCAAUUCAAAGACUGCGACCCUUGGACUUCUGGCGUUAUCUCAGCACCAGACCAGCUAAUGCCGUACUUUGUCAUGGAGAUAUUUGCCACAAUGCCAGGACUGCCAGGACUUUUUGUGGCUUGUGCCUUCAGCGGAACUCUGAGCACCGUGGCUGCCAGCAUCAACGCCUUAGCAACAGUGACCUUUGAGGAUUUUGUCAAGAACUGUUUUCCCCAUCUCUCCGACAAGCUGAACACCUGGAUCAGUAAAGGCUUAUGUAUCUUAUUUGGUGCGCUGUGUACCUGUAUGGCUGUGGCUGCAUCCCUCUUGGGGGGUGUUGUACAGGCUGCCCUCAGCAUCCACGGCAUGUGCGGGGGACCAAUGCUGGGGUUAUUCUCCCUGGGAAUCCUGUUCCCUUUUGUGAACUGGAAGGGUGCAUUAGGAGGUCUUCUCACUGGAAUCACCUUGUCAUUUUGGGUGGCCAUCGGGGCCUUCAUUUAUCCUGCACCAGCUGCUAAGACAUGGCCCUUGCCUUUAUCAACAGACCAGUGUACUCAAUCCAAUGUGACGGCAACGGCAUCUCCAGCGCUAUUCAGCAGACCUGCGAUAGCUGACACCUGGUACUCGCUCUCCUACCUUUACUACAGUGCAGUGGGCUGCCUAGGAUGCAUUGUUGCUGGAGUAAUCAUCAGCUUCAUAACAGGUCACGAAAGAGGUGAGAAUAUUCAACCACUGUUAAUUAGGCCAGUUUGCAAUUUAUUUUGCUUUUGGUCUAAGAAAUACAAAACGCUGUGCUGGUGUGGAGUUCAGCAUGACAGUGGGACAGAGCAGGAAAACCUUGAGAAUGGCAGUGCUUGGAAACAAGGAGCCGAAUCUGUCUUACAGAAUGGACUCAGGCGAGAAAGCCUGGUCCAUGUUCCCGGCUAUGAUCCCAAGGACAAAAGCUACAACAAUAUGGCGUUCCAGAUUACUCCUUUCUAAGAAAACACACGUGUGCGUGUGCACACGCGCACACACACACACAUGCACACACACAAGUACCCCACAUACUUCUUGCCUAUUUGUUAGUACACUUGUGCAGUUGCUGUUGCUAGAAGACAAGGAUGUCCAGUGUCUAUUUAUACUUAUUUAUAACUACAAACAAAAUGACUGCUUCUCAGGAUAUUCUUUGAAAAACCCCAAGUUUCAGGUGACAAUAAAUGCUAGACCCUAACAUUCCUAUUUCCUUCUUGAAUAAAUUAGGACUAGAUUUCAUCACCGUGCAAAGAAUCAAAUCUCUUUGCUUCGUGUCUUAUUAAACUUCAGGUUUUUCAUUUUGAUAGUUUUUUAAGCAUCAAAAUAUAUUCGGAGUUUAGAGGCAGAUGGGGAAGAGGAAUAUGCAUGUUAAAUGUUCCUCUGCCACUGUUGAUAAAACAGGUGAAUGGCAUGCACCCCCAACACCAUACCUCACACAUACGUAGACACAUUUCAGGCCACCUGCCACCCUCCCCCAUCCAGCAGCUGCAACUGGAACACUUAACUGCUACUAACAUUGCCUUACUGCUACCGGUCAGCUCUCUUCCAGUCAUUACCUGUCCUGACCAAUCAUUAAAAAUAAUUCUGCUAGGCAUAUAAGGAGAGACUGGUGUGUCUGGUUAGUGGGAGCAAAUAUAAAUAAAACUCUGCUCCCGUUGUGCUGUUAGUGUAGUAUAUUUUGUCCCUUCACUUUGAAAUGAAAAAUUGACUCUGUUCAAUAAGAAGUCUGGAGCAUUUCUCCAGGCCGGGUAAAGAUGGAAGAAAUGACCUACAGAAGGUUGUUAGGAUAGCACUGCAUAAAAGAAACUUGAAAAUAGCUUACCAGUCCAUAGGAGAUUUCCUCAGCCAUAGCAUUCUUCUUUGGUGCAAAAUACAUUGCCAUAGGACUUAUAGUCUGCUCAUUCAGCUCAUGUCUGCAAGCUCAACUCACUGCUUUAGGCGCAGGUGACAGAAGUAAAGUUCUGAACAGUUAAACUCUAGAAAGUAAUUCUUAAAGUUCUGGAGCAAGCGGGUGUUACAAAUCAAAAAUACUGAAAAGAACCAAGACCACCAGGUUUGGGUUAGUGGACAGAAAAUAAGAAACAAAACCACUGUUUGGAAGUCAAUAUAUUAUGACAGAUGUCAAAUAUAGAUAGGAGUAAGAGGCCUAGAAAAGUAUGUCAGCAAAGUAAGAAGAAGUGCUCCACACAGGCAAGAGUUAAGAGUUCCAAAGGCUAUGUUGUGUAAAGGCUAUGUUGUGUUACUCAGGAAGAGAAGCCUUAAAAGAAACAUGAGAUAGAGAAAAAUUUAUAUCACCAGUGUUUAUUAUUGGAUAGAGAAGAUAGAAAGAGGGAAUAAUCAAUAGAGGAAUUAAAACAAACAAACUUGAGUUUAUAUACCAGGGCCCAAUACUUGCCUUCUCUCUCUCCACUCUCAAAUAGGAGAGGAGAAUAGAGGGAGAGCGAGAAAGAAUUGGACUGUGGUUUAUAAAGAGAGAUGGCAAAACACACAUUUAAGAUAAGAAGGAAAGAAGUAAAAUGAGAAUACAUUUGGAGAAAUGUCUCAAAAUGAGAAGGAACAGAAUUUCUAGAAAUACUUUUUUUGUAAGUCCAGAAGAAUUUAUUAAGCUGUUGUUGUAAGGAUUUGCAAAUUGAUAGGUUCAAUUAUUUUCUAAAUGAUUCUAGACAUUCCUAUGAAUUUAUAUCAGGUGAAUAUUGAAAUCUGGGCCCAACCUAACUGACUUAGUUAAUACCUUAUGAUAGGGAAGGGAAGAAAAACAAACAAGCAAACAAGAGCAACCCUUAGGAUGAGAAUUAGAUUAAGAGUAGGCAUUAGAUAUGUAUGUAUAUAUUUAUAUGUGUGUGUACAUUAUGUAUAUAUAUAUGAUUUGGAAAACAUUUCAAAAUUGUGAACUUUCACUUGGAAUUAUACAAAAAUAAAAUAUGUGAUAUAGUUUUGCGUUUCACUCAUAAAUUAUCCUAAAAUCAUUUUACUAUGUCAAAACUCUCCCCAGAGAGUUUUUUAGGAUUCUUAUUCUUUUUUAGUCCCCAAUUCUCUUACCUGGAAUGUUAUCAAAAUGCCAUACAACUGGAACAUACUAAUAUUAUCAUAAAGAUGGUUUUGUCUUCUUUUGCGUAAUGAAAUCUAUAGUAUUAGGAAGUGACAUUUCAAGAGAUUUUAAAGGUCAGUAUAGAGAUUCCUUCCAUUCUUCUUAAUUGCGCAAACAUGAAAAUAUCCAAGGCUCAAGUAGAGAGCAGAUGGGAAUCCACAGGAAAACUGUCUUCCACAGUGUAUAAAAACCGUGUUCACUGUGUGGGAAGCAGAAGGGGACUGUGAAGUGCAGAGUUGAUAGAGUCGGCUAGCUGGUGACAGCAUUCUGCUCCUACCCUCACCCUUCCCUAGGAAUGGCAGCUCAGAGUUGUGUCAAGACUGUCCAGUGCCGAGUUCAAUCCGUGCCAUGGAAGUGGGCUAAACUUAUGGCUGUUUAUUGAGAUAUUCUGUAUAAAUGGCACUAUGAAUGAUGAGUUGCUAUAAUGGCCUAAAAUGUGCCAAACUUGAUGCCAACCUCUGGACUUUAAAGCACAAUCCCAAAUAUUGGUAAAAAUGGGACAGAAUUGCCUCAAUGUCUCUUUCACUCAAUCUGAAUAAACACAUUUUGAUGUAUGACUUUCUCUUUGUCACCAUUUGAAGCAAGAAGUCCAACAGCUAUUGAUUGAGGUGAGCGAUUGGAGUCCAAUGACUUAGGGGCAAACAUAAGUUCUGACACAAAUCUAGGUUAUUUGGAGCAAGACUUUUUAAA